UUAAGCUUAGAUAUUAAACAUACGCUUGCUCAUAAAUCUCGGUCGCCUCCUCCUCGCCGGAACUUCUCCCGAGUCUCGAGUGUCUCGUUUACGAUCUCUCGCCGCCGAUGGCCUUGCCUACCUUGGACAGAGGUCUUCUCUUUCUCGUCGCGAUCCUUGCCCCUCUUCGGAUUUUCAAUCUCUGCUCCCGUCUUCUUCGAGGAGGGAUUGUGCGAGGACGGCUCAGAGCGGCCCGAUCGGUUGUCCUCGUCAUCUCCGUCGUCGUCCUGCUCGCCUCCAUCUUCUCCCUCUCCGAUACCUAUCCCUCGGAAAGGAGCGCCGUGAUCGCGGAAAUGGAGGAUUUGAGGCUCAAGACCGCUCGAUUAGAAUUUAUUCUAGAGGACAGUACCAAAGCCUUGAGUUCCACAACCUUUCAUCUAGAACAAAGAGAUAAGCUUCUUGAAGAGAUGGAAAAAAAGGUCAGACUAAUGGAGAAUGCCAUAUAUGAAGUUAAGGGUUCAAGUAGUGACUCAUUGGACACUGAAGAUCGGGUUCGGGCUCUGGAAAAAGAGAUCCAGUUGUUAUUUGAGCAGUCAAUGAUGAACACGGAUAGCAUUCGGAGUUUAGAAUCACAUGCGGACGAAGCAAAAGAAAAGAUGGAGACUGCAGCUUCUGAAGUUCAAAAGUUGGAGAAUAUAGUUACUGAACAGUGGAUUCAAAUACGCCAACUCGAGCAGGCAUUUCAAUCAACCAAGAUGACAACAAAGAAAGUUCUCAAAAGAAAUAGACAAAAAGAAGAGCACAAGAAUCAAAUUCCUUUCAAGGAAACUGUGAGCAAGGCUUUCCAGUUUAUCAGGAGUACUGGUCACCAUGCCUCAGAAGUUAUCCUAGCUGAUUCAUUCUUUUUAAGGGCUUCUUUCUCAAAAUCAGCCAUACCUGAAGCAUAUAAACAGCUCAAAGUCUUUAUGUCACUUGUCAAAAAAUGUCACCAUGAGCUCCAAGAUUCAAUUAGACAUGACUUGAAAAUGAAUGAGUUCACUGCUGAUCUUGGCAACGACUUUGUUGUCUUUUAUCUGGCCUCUAUGAUGAUGGUCAUUUCAGUAGUAACUACUUGGAUUGUAUCUUCAUGGUGCUUCAGCCUCUUGACACGGCGUUUAACACGUAGUGAUUGAGUUCUAUGAUUUGCAAAGUAGAAUUCAGAUGCUGCUGAUGUGCCUCCCUUUUGUACAAUAUAAACUUGUCUUUAUACCGUUAAAGUAAACUCAGCUAGUCUUCUUCAUAGUUAUAACAUGGUUUUAUGUACAGGAUGGAUCAAAAUUAAAAUAUUUCAUUUUGCUUAA